GCGGCAGCCGAAAAACGGAGCCGAAAGAUUCUUGUAGAGUUUCGCCUGCGCCACAGUCAACAUCACAGUAAGCACGGUCCCAUAUUGAAUACAACUGCUAGACGCCGACCCGUACUGCUGCGCUAGCGCGGACCUUUUAGCCUGGACACUCAGCCGACGCUUCCAACGAAAACUGUCGCUGGGAGAGUGAUUGCUUUUUGGGGAGGUGUCCCGCCGAGCUACCGCAGCCAGCCGCUACUCUGAAGCCGUGGAGUACAGUGUAUCCUGAGGUUCUGGAGUCAUCAUGGGCACCAUCCGAGUGAACCUGUCCGCGGACGUGUACAUGGUCUGCCUGAGCCACGCACUGUCCACGGAAAAGGAGGAAGUCAUGGGCUUGCUGAUCGGAGAGAUCGACGAGACCAGGGUGGCCCAUAUCUCUGCCGUGAUCGUGUUGCGGAGGUCGGACAAGCGGAAGGAUCGCGUCGAGAUCUCCCCCGAACAGCUGUCCGACGCCUCUACUCAGGCUGAGGCGCUGGCAGCUCUGCAGUGCAAACCGAUGCGGGUCCUGGGCUGGUACCACUCGCACCCGCACAUCACCGUCUGGCCCUCGCACGUUGAUGUGCAGACGCAAGCCAUCUACCAGAUGAUGGAUGAGGGGUUUGUGGGCCUCAUCUUUUCCGUGUUCAGCGAGGACUCUACGACCAAGCUGAACCAGGUUCAGGUGACAUGCUUUCAAUCCGUGAACCAGGGUAGCGAUGGUGAAAGGUAUGUGCGUGCCGAGAUCCCGCUGUACAUUGUGCCGAGCACGCACAUCAGCAACGCCUGCCUGGAGGCCUUGGUGCAGCUCCCCCAGAUCCUGUGCCAGGAGGAAGAGGACAUGUUUGGCUUCACGAAGCAGGUCCCUCGGCUGGACCUGCUCACCAAGAUGCACAAUGGCUCGGUGUUCGUCAAGGCCCUGUGCAACAUAGCGGAGUCCGUCAGCGGGCCCCUACUGCAGAGCUUCGAGAACCGGCUGCGCCAGAACCAAGACCGCAUCGAGCGGCUGCGCCUGGAAAAGGAGGAGCUCCUGCAGAAGAUCGCCCUAGCCGAGUCUCGGGCGUACGGCACGACGCCCCGCGUGCCGCCGAGUUAAUAAAAGCGUUUUUCUUUUCGACCCCCGCA